AUGGGUAUGGCUGCAGAGACACAGUUUCAUGUCUUGGCUGUUGAUGACAGCCUUAUUGACAGAAUGUUGAUUGAGAGGCUCCUCAAAACCUCCUCCUUUCAUGUUACUGCAGUGGAUUCUGGUAGUAAGGCUUUGAAGUUUCUUGGUUUGGUUGAAGAUGGGAAGAGAAAUGAAGAGCCUCCCACAAUUGCUCUAGAAGCCAAUCAGGAUGUAGAAGUAAACCUGAUCAUAACCGAUUACUGUAUGCCAGAAAUGACAGGCUAUGACUUGCUGAGAAAGAUCAAGGAAUCUGAAUCUCUUAAAGACAUACCAGUGGUGAUUAUGUCCUCAGAGAAUGUCCCAUCAAGGAUCAACAGAUGCCUGGAAGAUGGAGCUGAUGAAUUCUUUUUGAAACCAGUUCAACAGUCAGAUGUAAACAGGCUGAGGCCCCAUUUGAUGAAAUCAAAAGUUAAGGAUGAAGAAGACCAUCAUCAAAUCAGUAACAAAAGGAAGGAAACAGAAGAAAGCCAUUCCCCAGAUAAAACAAGGACAAAAAUGGAGCCUCCAAAAGUGGUUAAUUCCAGUUGA